AUGAUACAUGUCUCUUUUUGUCGUUUUGAUUUGCGACAUUCAUAUCACUGUUUUCAGCCUAUGUAUAAACAAAAACAAUUUGUUAUCCGAAACGGGAGCACUAAUAGACAAAAUAUAAAUGAGCAAUAUGAUGCAAAUGAUGCCAUUAAACAGGAUCCGAAGCCUGUAAUUCUACUUUCUAUAAUUAUUUCUUUUAGACGGUUUAGAAAUCCAAAUCAAAUUUUUAUCAUGAACUUUAGCGCCAACAAUGUUCAUCCCUUGAUUAACCUUAAUUAUAAUUUCCCCAAAUCUAUUAGUGAAAUGAAUGAAACCACGAAAGGAGAAAAUAGUCAAGGGAGCUGUUUUAAUUUGGCCGAUGUUCCAUUGCAGACGGCUCCUGGAUCUUCAAAGAGUCCAUUAGGGAAGCAUUUUCGAUUAUGUGAAAAAGAUAUUGACUUAAUUGAACCCUUGAGACAAAUACUCAAGGAAGAUCAAUUCGUUCUAAAAAAAGUAAGGGAUGACUUAAACAAAAGAAGCAAUAAGGAGACACUAAAGGAACCAAUAUCCACAAAAAAUUCUAGAAAAUCUAAGAAAGUUCAAAAUCACAAAGUAGUCAAAUCAAAUAGAACUGAGGUUCUUCACAAUCAGAAAGAAUCAAUAAAUUUAUCACCUUGUGGUACCGUUGAGAGACCUCAUUCAUUGCAGCAAUCUACACCCGUUUCUUCCUCGAACCAUAUCAUAAAAGAAGCUUUUGACGGACAUAAUUUGCACAGGAAGAAUUUAGCUCUUGAAAAAGCCUCAAAAUUGACACUAGAGACUGAAGAUUCAGAUUAUGAUCAUCUCGCUUGUCAUGCCGAUAAUAUUAUGAAAAUGGCUGUCGAUUCAACCAUGUUGGGUUCAACUUUUAGCGCAUCGCUUUCGUUCUCUAGCCUUAAUUAUGAUGUCGAUGUUCUGCCGAGAGCUACUGGAGAACUUGCCUAUGAAGAUGCCGAAAAAAGUGUGUUAGAGACUAUUAUACCCAAGAGGCGUAACAAAAGAAGUAAGCAAAGAGAACUGAUUAUGAUUAGUGCUCAAGAUUUAGCAGCAGCGAUUCUGUGA